AGACCUGCGCGCCCGACCGACUGCCCGCCCGCCCGCUCCCUCCCAGCGACUGCGGCGCGAGGACACGGACUUAUUUGGACUGCGAGUUCUGCUGCUCGUCAACAGUUGCAGAAAUGGCGGAAGGGGAGUUGGAUGUGGAUUCGUUGAUCUCCAGGCUGCUUGAAGUUAGAGGAUGUCGUCCAGGGAAAAUUGUUCAGAUGACAGAGGCAGAAGUGCGAGGGUUGUGCAUUAAAUCAAGAGAGAUAUUCCUGAGUCAGCCUAUUCUUCUUGAACUGGAGGCUCCCCUGAAAAUUUGUGGUGACAUCCACGGACAAUAUACAGAUCUGUUGCGUCUUUUUGAGUAUGGGGGUUUUCCACCAGAAGCAAAUUACUUAUUUUUGGGGGACUAUGUAGACCGAGGAAAGCAGUCUCUGGAAACUAUUUGUCUACUUCUUGCGUACAAGAUCAAGUAUCCUGAGAAUUUCUUUCUCCUCCGAGGGAAUCAUGAGUGUGCCUCCAUCAAUAGAAUCUAUGGUUUCUAUGAUGAAUGUAAAAAACGAUUCAACGUCAAGCUGUGGAAGACAUUUACGGACUGCUUCAACUGUUUGCCAAUAGCGGCCAUCGUUGAUGAAAAAAUCUUCUGUUGUCAUGGAGGAUUGUCUCCAGAUCUCCAGUCAAUGGAACAAAUACGUAGGAUCAUGAGGCCUACAGAUGUCCCCGAUACUGGACUUCUGUGUGAUCUGCUCUGGUCUGACCCAGAUAAGGAUGUACAAGGCUGGGGAGAGAAUGACCGAGGGGUAUCUUUUACUUUUGGUGCAGAUGUGGUUAGCAAAUUUUUGAAUAGACAUGACCUUGAUUUGAUUUGCAGAGCUCAUCAGGUAGUGGAAGAUGGGUAUGAAUUUUUUGCAAAGAGGCAACUGGUCACAUUAUUUUCAGCUCCUAAUUACUGUGGGGAGUUUGAUAAUGCAGGAGGAAUGAUGAGUGUAGACGAAACAUUGAUGUGCUCCUUCCAGAUCCUGAAGCCAUCUGAAAAGAAAGCAAAAUACCAGUAUGGUGGUAUGAAUUCUGGACGGCCUGUCACACCACCUCGGACAGCACCUCCUCCCAAGAAACGGUGAAGAAGCAAAUGUAAGAAAGAGAUUGUGGGAGUCUACACAAUGAUGAUGACAAUGAAAAGAGCAAUUCAAUAGAAGCAAUUUGCAUUUUUGAACUGUGUAGUUACUUUGCUGCUUAACUGCACUUUCACCAAGCAAUCUGGCUGUUAAUGAAACAAAUAAUGUACAUUCACCUAGGUGUGCCUCUCCCUUUCGUUUGUGAUUAGAUUAGAGUUCCCCAUGUGUGAUGAUCAUUAAGAUGUGGCCAUAUUUGAAGUGUUAGUUUUAUAUUUUUCUUCACUUUUUUCUUACACAGCGGCAUUAUAAUUUAUUUUUCCUUUUUUGUUCUUUGACUUUUGCCUUUUGGAGCAUAUAUUGUAGAUUUUGUACUGACAAAUAUUAAAAAAGGAAAAAAUAAGCACCACAAACUUACAGUUAGGUACUUUUUAAAGUAUUUCCAAUGAAAUGGUAUUGCAUGGUUUAAAUAUCUUUUAGGUUUCCAUUCUAAAAUACAAGUUGGUUUGAACUGGGAUUUGCUCUUAUGCAGCCUAAUUUUGGACUUACUUCAGUUAGUUAUUUUUUUAAGUUAGCUGUAUGUUUGGACCCUACUUACAGCUUUGUGUGUAAAUUCACCAUCUUUUAUCUCAAUAUGAAGCUUCUGAAUCUUCGAAGUGAGUAACACCAUGAACAUCUUGAGCAGCUUAUGUCUGAUAUCAUAGCAGUAUUCUUACAAACCACCUUUAUAUGAACUGAAAUAUUAAUACAAGUCCAACUUUUUGCUUUUUUUUUUUUUUAAGCUUAUUCGUUGUAGGAUUGGGUGGACUAUUUGUGUUUGCCUACUAUUUUCUUCUGAGAAAAUAUUGCUGUUAUCAGUGGAAAGGGUGGUGUUAAGUUAUAACCUAUGUUCACUCAUUACAGUAUAAUAAAAUAUUUGGAUGUUUCAAAAACUUUA